GAAAGAGAGCGGCGUUGAGAUAUCAAAAGCGCUGGAAGCUUCGAAUCUCUUCUCCAGAGAGAGGGAGAGCGAAUCCAACGCUCCCCAACAGCCCACUGCUCCAACCCUAGAAAAAACGCUAACCUGAAAAGGACGUCCUAUAAUUAGAAAAAUCUUCUCCCUUCUCUCUCUCUCUCUAACCUUUCCUCUUUUAGAGCCUGUGAUCUUCGUUCUUGAAGGAUUUCUGCUGCAGAUCCCGCUCCGGAAUCGAUGUUCCAGCUCUCGGAUUUGCUUUUCUGAGAGGUUCGGGGUUGGACGUUCACAAUAUUUGCUGGAUCAUGAAAUUUUUGACGAGUGUAGAUUGGUGUGGGUUUUCAUGAGCUUGGAGUGCGUUUCAGUUCGUCUUCCAGAGCUUGAUACCUGAUAAAUUUCUAUUGCAUUGCCAGGAAAUGUCAGGUCCAGAAGGAGUGGUUACUCAGGACGAAAGAAGAGAAAGGAGAUCAGAUGUUGAGAACUCAGAAGACGAGAGACGACGAACGAAAAUUGGAGCUCUGAAGAAGAAAGCGUUAAAUGCUUCAAACAAGUUCACACAUUCUCUAAAGAAACGAGGUAAAAGGAAAAUUGAUUAUAGGAUACCUUCAGUUUCAAUUGAGGACAUUCGAGAUGCAGAAGAGGAGCGUGCAGUCAAUGCUUUUCGUCAAGAGCUCCUUGCGAAGGAUUUGUUACCAGUUCGGCAUGAUGACUAUCACACAUUGUUGCGAUUCUUGAAAGCUAGGAAAUUUGACAUUGGCAAAGCAAUCCACAUGUGGAUAGAAAUGCUUCGAUGGAGAAAAGAAUAUGAGACGGAUACCAUAUUAGAGGACUUCGAGUUUGAAGAGCUGGAUGAGGUCUUGCGUUAUUACCCUCAGGGGUACCAUGGAGUUGAUAAAGAAGGGAGACCGGUCUAUAUCGAGAGGCUUGGGAAAGCUGAACCAAGUAAGCUAAUGCACAUCACUACAGUUGAGCGUUACUUAAAAUAUCAUGUGCAAGAGUUUGAGCGGGCCUUCCGGGAAAAGUUCCCUGCAUGUUCAAUUGCCGCAAAAAGGCAUAUUGACACAACAACAACGAUCUUGGAUGUGCAAGGCCUGGGUAUGAAAAAUUUUGGCAGGAAUGCGUAUGACCUCCUUGUUGGCAUGCAGAAAAUAGACUCCAAUUACUAUCCUGAGACGUUGCACCAGAUGUUCAUUGUUAAUGCUGGUCCUGGUUUCAAGGUUCUUUGGAGUAGUGUAAAGAAAUUUCUGGAUGCGAAUACUAUUUCAAAAAUACAUGUGCUAGGGUCCAAAUUCCAGAGCAGACUACUUGAAGUCAUUGACUCAAGACAACUGCCAGACUUCUUUGGGGGCUCAUGUUCGUGCACUAUGGAAGGAGGGUGUCUAAGAUCUAAUAAAGGACCAUGGAAUGAUCCUGAAAUAAUGAAGCUUAUACAUAAUGGUGAAGCAACAUUCAUAAGGCAAAUCACACAAAUGUCAGAUGGAGGACAGAGAAUUAAUUCCUAUACUAAGCUACGCCCAUUAAAGGGAAGGAGCAGCAAUACAUCAACAGCUGAGUCAGGUUCAGAUGUUGAUGAUCUUGGUUCUCCUACUGGAUUAAGCGGUGCUGGGUUCACUCGGUUGGCACCUGUUCAUGAAGAAUUUACACAGGCAAGGGCAACAGACCAAAAUGCCUACUACAGCUGUGAUGACCAUUUUGCUGUGGUUGAUAAAGCAGUAGACACUGGUCGAAGGGCAGGACCCAGCGAGACGUCAUCUGUUGGGGAUAGAGAUGGGGGGCAUCUGUAUGCUGAUGCAGCAUCCAAUUCGCAAGGUAUCAUUCACAGGCUCAAUUCUAUCAGGGACAGGUUGGAGGAAAGAAAUUUCCCAUGUCUUGUGAGACCACUGGUUGCUUUCAUGAUCAAGCUAUUGGCAGUCUUCCGUAUUUUAUGUUGUGGAUUUGGAAGGAGGCGGGAAAACAGCUGCCCCUCAAAUCCAUCGGUGCGUGAUCCGAAUAACCAUCUAGCCACAGAAGCUGUCAAGGAAGACUGUAUCCUCCCGUGCGUGCAGCGCCUUCAAAGGCUUGAGAUGAUAUUUAGUGAACUCAGAAACAAGCCGGCAGAAAUUCCUUUGGAUAAAGAGCAUAUGAUCCUGGAAUCGUUGGAUCGGAUCAAAUCCAUCGAGUUUGACCUUGAGAAGACGAAGAAAGUAUUGCAGGCAACGGUGAUGAAGCAAACGGAGAUUGCUAAGUCGCUGGAUAGCCUACAGGACUUGAAAUGUCAGGUUUCAAGAAGGAAGAUGUGAAGCUGCAAGUGGACAACUUCGGAAAAAUAACGGUCAGUGGAGAGAGGCUGGUAAGCGAGAGUAAAUGUAGCCGGUUCAAACAGAUAUUUAAUGUGCCCAAAGAUUCCAAUAUAGAAACUAUUAGUGGGAAAUUCGACCACGGCCUUCUCUUCGUGAUCAUGCCAAAGAAAGAAAUAGAAACAAUAGAAGAACUCGAAAAAAAGAUUCAAAAUGAUAGCACCGAGACAGAAGGAAAGCCCACAAACAAAGAUGAAGAAUUGAGGGAAGAUGCUCAAAAUGAUAUUACUAAGAAAGAAGGAAAUGCUACAAACAAAGAAACAGAACCAAAGGAGGAGAUUCAAAAUGAUAGCAGUAAGAAAGAAGGAAAGCCCACAAAAAAAGAAAGACAACCAAAGGAGGAGAUUCAAAAUGAUAGCAAUAAGAAGGAAGGAAAGCCCACAAACAAAGACAGAGAGCCAAAGGAGGAGAUUCAACAUGAUAGCAGUACGAAAGAAGAGAAGUCCACAAACAAAGAAGAAUCAAAGAAAGAAGAUUAUGAUGAUGAUAAUCAUGGACCUAAAGAUGGUGUUGAUCAUGAGAAGGGAGAGGGCCAGAGAAAUGAUGGGAAUGAGGGAUUGAAAGGAGAGGGUGGAGACAGAUGUAAAAGAAAAGGGAAUUUGAGUGAGGACAGAGUACAAGUAACGAAAGGGGAGAUGAUGGAUGAUUUGUUUAACCAAGUAAUGGAGACCAUAAGCAAUAACAAGGCUCUCAUUGCCACUGCGAUGGUAGCUUUCUCCUUUGGGUUGUAUAUAUCUAAUAAGCUUAGGAAAACUGAAUAAUGAGACAACAACAUAAGUUAUUCUCAUUUGGACUGUAUUCAUUCAUUAAAUUGUAUUAAAGAAGCAAUAAAAUUAUAAAAUAA